AUGGGUGAUCAGCAGGCAGCCCAGCGGCUCCAGUGCCGGCGACAGGGGCUCCGGCACCUUGCCCACCUGGCGCUCAAUGAGGCUGGCUUGCGGUCUAAGCGGCCUCCACGUAGCCCUGGGGACAAGAAGGGGCCUGCGGAAGCGGCCUCCAUCCAGAGCCUGCCCCCUGAGUUGCUGGAGCACAUCAUGUCGUUCCUGCCCGUGUCGGCGGGUGGGGGGCCGGGGCGGACACCGCCAACCCCUUACGCCCAGACAUGCCACACCCUGUACUGUGUGUGCGACAGUGAGGGGGCCUGGCGCCGCGCCUGCCGCCGCCUCUGUGCCCUCCCACCACUCGCCCUGCCUGGCGCUCGCCCCUGGAAGAGGGCCGCCGUGCUCAACUAUACCAAGGGGCUGGUGGUGCAGCCGUUUGGGGGCCGCCAGCGAGGCCCCAGCCGCCCGCCCGCCCCAGCUCUGGCACACGGCUACCGCAAGCUGGUGCCUACACGGGAGCACGUCCUGGUGCUGGACCAUGCUGGGACCCUCUUCUCCCUGCGUCAUGCACUGACCCCGGCCCCUGGGCAAUGGCGCCGUGCUGCUCGCUAUGCUGUGCUUUGCCGGGGCACCAAGGACUUCACAACAGACCCGCGGAGCGAUGCAGCCUGCCGCAAGUACGUCUACGUGCUGGCAACCCGGGCAGGGGGCGACGGGGGGCCUGCCCCCGACUGUGUGGAGGUCUACCUGCAGGGCAGCGGGCAGCGCAUCUUCAAGAUGACCUUCCACCCCGCCCUGCGCUUCCGCCAGCUGCGCCUGCUGGGCCCUGAGACCGCCCGCGCCCUGCUGCUGCUCACCGAGGACGGCCGUGUGUACAGCCUGAGUGUGGAUGAGAGCCAGCUGGCACAGCCGCGCUCCUACACUGUGCAGUUGGCCCUGCGCAAGGUGUCGCGGGGGCACCCAGGCACCCCCAUCGCCGCCAUAGCUGCCGCGCCCCACAGCGCCGCCUUCCUCACUGAGCAGGGCACUGUGUACCUGGAAGUCCAUGCCCCAGGCGUGUACCGGGACCUCUUUGGCACCCUCCAUGCCUAUGACCCCCAUGACCCCCAGAUGCCCCUCGUACUGUCCCUGCCUGCCAAGGUGCUGUCCUGUGCCCUGGGCUCCAACCACCUGGGGCUGGUGGAUGAAUUCGGCCGCGUCUUCAUGCAGGGAAGCAACCGGCACGGGCAGCUGGGCACCGGGGACAAGAUUGACCGCGGGGAGCCUGCCCAGGUGCCCAGCCUGGCCCGGCCCUUGGCCCUGUGGUGUGGCCUGAACCACUCAGUGGUACUGGCACCCAGUGGGGCAGGGGGCCGCGAGGUGCUGGGCUGUGGCUGCGGGGCCGGAGGGCGCCUGCCUGGCUGGCCCAAAGGCAGCGCCUCCUUCGUCUGCCUGCAGGUCGAGGUACCCCCCAGCGCCAGCAGCCUGUGCUCCACCCGCGAUGGCCUCUACGUGCUGUGCAGCUACGACAUUGAGGAGCAGCCAGCCUUCCGUGACCUGCCGCCCGGGGCCCCUGCGGUGCCCCCUGUGCCCAGCCCGGGGGUCCCACCCGCCUGCACUGCUCUCCUGGUGCAGCUGCAGAGCUGUCCCACGCUGCCUGGGCGCGUGGCCAAGCUGCAGGAGGCCGUGGGCGCCCUGCCCUUGCCCCCCGCCCAGCGCCACUUCCUCUGCCAGGGCCUGGAGCUGGUGCAGCGCAGCCCAGAGCCAGUGCUCUCCAAGUCCACCUUUAUUUCCAGUUCACACCAGUAA